GCCGGGCGCUGUCACGUGCCGGAGCCCCGCUCGCCGCUGCGGAGCCGGAGGAGCCGGACGGGGCCACGGAGCCGGGACGGGGCCGGGCGGCUGCGCCGGGGCCGGCGGCGAGCGGGGUGAAUUACAGGAAGUGACUCCCAGAGCAUCUUGGCUGUAUGAACUCUUGAGCUGUCAAGGGACUGAGAGGCUUAUGAAGAGGUUCUGUCAGGCAAAACAGUGCUUAGCAAAGACACCAAGGAGGAGGGAAAAGGAGAAAGGGAGGGAGAGAGAGCUGAAACACUAACAAACCAUGAGAUCUAUCCGAUCUUUUGCUAAUGAUGACCGCCAUGUAAUGGUGAAACAUUCAACCAUUUAUCCAUCUCCAGAGGAACUUGAAGCUGUCCAGAACAUGGUAUCAACAGUAGAAUGUGCCCUUAAACAUGUCUCUGACUGGAUGGAUGAAAAGAACAAGUCUACAAAAUGUGAGGGUGAUGUGGAAGCAAAGGAGGAAGCUGCAGAAAGCAAUGCCAAGGAUCAAGGUGGUCGGACCUUGUGUGGUGUUAUGAGAAUUGGCUUGGUUGCAAAGGGCUUGCUGAUAAAAGAUGAUAUGGACCUGGAGCUGGUUCUCAUGUGCAAAGAAAAACCCACAAAGACCUUGUUAUGUAUAGUUAAAGAUAAUCUCCCAGCUCAAAUUCAGAAACUUACAGAAGAGAAGUAUCUCGUGGAGGAGCAUGUAAAUGAGGCAGCUAUUAUUAUUCGUAACACAAAGGAGCCCAAGCUAACUUUGAAGGUGAUACUCACAUCCCCCCUCAUUCGAGAUGAAGCAGAGAAGAAGGAUGGAGUAGAUAAUGUUGCGAUGAAAGAUCCUCCGGACUUAUUGGACAGGCAGAAAUGCCUGGAGGCCUUGGCGUCUCUGCGGCACGCCAAAUGGUUUCAGGCCAGGGCAAAUGGACUAAAAUCAUGUGUAAUUGUCCUUCGUAUUCUGCGGGAUUUGUGCAACAGAGUCCCCACAUGGGCACCACUGAAAGGAUGGCCACUCGAGCUUAUAUGUGAAAAAUCUAUAGGUACUUGUAAUAGACCUUUGGGCGCUGGGGAAGCAUUGCGACGAGUGAUGGAGUGUUUGGCAUCUGGAAUUCUGCUUCCCGGAGGGCCUGGUCUGCAUGACCCCUGUGAACGGGAGCCAACAGAUGCUUUGUCUUAUAUGACAGUUCAGCAAAAAGAAGCCAUUACGCACAGUGCUCAGCAUGCCCUCAGAUUAUCAGCCUUUGGUCAGAUCUAUAAGGUUUUGGAAAUGGAUCCCCUCCCAUCAAAUAAGUCAUUUCAGAAAUAUUCCUGGUCAGUAACUGACAAAGAAGGUACAGGCUCAUCUGCUCUUAAGAGACCAUUUGAAGAUAGUGUCGGGGAUGAUAAAGAUCCAAAUAAAAAGAUGAAGCGUAAUCUGAGGAAAAUACUUGAUAGUAAAGCAAUAGACCUCAUGAAUGCUCUGAUGAGGCUGAACCAAAUCAGGCCAGGGCUUCAGUAUAAGCUGCUGUCACAGUCUGGUCCAGUGCACGCCCCAGUCUUCACAAUGUCUGUAGAUGUUGAUGGUACGACAUACGAAGCAUCAGGACCUUCUAAGAAAACAGCCAAGCUCCAUGUGGCAGUGAAGGUUUUACAAGCGAUGGGGUAUCCAACUGGUUUUGAUGCAGAUGUGGAGUGUAUGAGUUCUGAUGAAAAAUCAGAUACCGAAGGUAAAAAUGAAACAGUGUCUUCAAUCUCAAGCAAUAAUACUGGAAAUUCCACAGCUGACACCUCCGCUACCCUAGAGGUAAGAACUCAGGGUCCUAUCCUCACAGCAAGUGGCAAAAACCCAGUGAUGGAGCUCAAUGAAAAGAGAAGAGGUCUGAAGUAUGAGCUCAUCUCUGAGACAGGGGGAAGCCAUGACAAGCGCUUUGUGAUGGAGGUAGAAGUAGAUGGGCAGAAGUUCAGAGGUGCAGGCCCAAACAAGAAAGUAGCAAAAGCAAGUGCUGCAUUAGCAGCACUUGAAAAACUGUUUUCUGGGCCUAAUGCAGCAAACAACAAGAAAAAGAAGAUUAUUCCUCAGACUAAAGGGGUUGUCAAUACAGCUGUUUCUGCAGCAGUCCAGGCUGUUCGAGGCAGAGGACGAGGUGCUUUAACACGAGGCGCAUUUGUUGGGGCAGCUGCUGCUACUGGAUACAUAACACCAGGCUAUGGAGCACCGUAUGGGUAUAGCACAGCUGCACCAGCUUACGCCAUAUGCACUUGUAUAAAAUAAGCAGAAAUGUAGUGACUGUAAGCUGAGAUCGUGAUAUAAAAGGUAAGAGAUUUUAUUUUCAGCUUAAAGAAUAUUUUUAUUGCUUUUUUUCUAAAAAUCUCAUAUACCUGUGACAAUCUUGUAUAUGGCACGUUUUUAUUAUGUCUUGUUUAACUAAAUGUUUAAACCGGUAAUACCUAGGUCUGAAUUCCAACUUUGUAUUUUCCAAGGCCACUUCCAAUACUCCAGUUUCAGUUAAAAAAGAAAAUAUUACUUAACACUUUUAAGAAAUUGUUUGGUUUUAUCAACAGACUGUUCUCCUCCAAAUAUUUUUCUCUUGUGUAGCAUAAAAAGCUGUGUUGAUACUGCUGUGUGUCAGGCAGUGCAUGCCUUGCAUACCUGUGGAAAACAUUUGGGCAGGUACCAAAGCCACGGCCAUGGCCUGCUCUGAAAGCCAUACCAUGGUUAUAGGUAUGUGGAAUAAAAAUGAGAUGUGGAAUGUGUGAUAUUAUCUAACUAAUACAGAGAGAAAUUAUUUCCCUAAACUAUUAAAGCUAAACUCCAAAUGAAGAAUGAAAGACUUUGAUGAUACUACAGUUAAAAUGUGCAGAUAUCAGAUUUCAUUAGGCCAAAUUAAUUCCUGAAGCAGCCAGGUUUGCUUUCCUCUUGUGGGUGCAGUGGGAGGAGAGGAAGGCAGGCAGGCAGUGAUUUAACUCUGCAUGAAUAAUUUGCUUAGUUGUGGUUUUCUAAAGCUAGAAAUUAGGAUACAGCCAUCCAUAAAUAAUUAUUUUCAGUUCCACAGUAAAUGUUUUAACAAAUAUUUUACUUGGAUUAAAAUGGUUUUGGAUUAUGACCUAUAUGGUGCACAUGAUAUGUGUAGUUUUAAAAUACUAGGGGUUUUUUUUAAUUUGCCUUUAUAUAACCUUGCAUUAUGCAAAGUUGCAUAGUACAGUACUGCACGAUUGCAGUACUUACAGUACUUGAAGUUGCUGGAAACAACUCUUUUUAUAUAAAAAUGGUAAAAAAAAAAGGGGGGGGAGUUGAUGUUGUAUUAGCAUUUUAGGGUCUCAAUUCAGAGAUCAUGAUCUCUGACUGAUCAAAGUUUAUACUCAUGUAAAACAGGAAAACACUUGGUAUGGAAUAUGUAGUAAUAUAUCAAGCCCAAAGCUUGUUGUUUUGCAUCAAAAUAUAACAGCAAAAAUAACCUAUAUUUCAUUUCAAUAUUGAAAACAUCAAAUUCAGUAAAUAACUGCAUGUGUAGGUUAUCCGUAACUCAGGAUAUGUCUGGAUAGAAUUCAUAGGCUGAUACAGAAAAAUAGCUGUUAAAUAUUGUUAGCUUUGCUACUGUUGGCAGAAACCUAUCUUGCAAGUGGCCUAUACAUCUGCCCCUGGGGAAAUGAACUUGAGGAACUGUACCAAGUUGCCCAUGAAAGCACAUAACCAUUUGAUUACAUUUGCAGGUGCAAUUGAUGAGCCAUCAGAAUGUCCUUCCCAUUUGGUGGGGCAGGUUUUCAUCUGCUGUUAUCUUCAAGGUGCAAACCUGGGGCUUGGGCUGAAGCUCACUUAAAAUUCAAUUCAUUCUUUCAGCCUGUCAGGCUAAGCAAUCCUCAUAGUGGAGCAGCAGGCUGCUCUGUUUCCUUUGGAAGACAGUAUUUUAUAUGUGUCAAGGCAAUGUUAAGGUGCAUUAUAAUGAACUUCUCUUGAGUAUUCCUUUCCUAGGCUUAACUGAUGUCAUUCUGACAAGUACUGUCCAGUUCAAGGACUGAUGAAUAAAAUGUCUUGCUGACUCUUAUUUGAUCUGUUUCUUUGUGGCCUGUACUUGGCAGCUUAAUCCAUUUGUAUUGGUUUCCAUCAGAAUUGCUUUGACUGUGAAUUUCCAUAUUUUUCUGUCAUUACUCUUUUAACUCUUACAAUCUGAAGCAUUCCACUCUUCUGCUUUUUUUAAAUUCUCACUUUGUUGGAUCUUUUCUUUUUCACUGAAAAGAUACUAAAUUUCUCAAAUACAUUUUUGUUCGUAAUGCAGGUACUUAUGUCCAAAAUUUGUCCCCUUGCCUUUGCUGCCCCCCUUCUCAGUAGGACAGACACCAUUUCCUGACACGUGAUAUACUCAUUGUACUUAAGACUCCUAAAUCCUGGUUUCUGCAGCCACUUGGAAUCGGUGAUAAAAUCCUAAGGUGCAAUUCUGCCUGGGAACCUGUCUCAUUCGCAGUGGAACUUGAGCAAAACAUUCCCGUGUAUUGAAGUGUCACUGACGUAGGCUCCUUAAGUGCCCGAUAUAUGGGCAUUUGAGAGAGCAGUUGAAUUCUAAUAGUAGGUUUUAAUUUGAUGAGUAAUUUGGGUAACAUCUGCUUGAUCAAUGUUGCAACAAGCACAGUUUUGCUAAGGCAGAACUAGAAACUCCUUUCUUUUGCACAAUACUUGCAGGUUUCCUUUUAAAAGCCUCCUCACAGGAGCAAGGUCUAAAGUGCCUUUUCUGUGAGAUUAGAGGUCUUUUUUAUGGGUACUGAGCUUUGUAUUUCUGGAUAUACCUGACAGCCAAAUAUGUACACCUGGUUCUGUAUGCUUUGUGCAGCUGCUCAUACUGCUGCCUGUUUUGUAGUACCUUCUCAGUGAAGCAGAACUGUUAUUUUAUAGUUUGAAUUUCUGGUUCAUGGAAAAGAAUUCUGAAAAAGUUCCUUUCAAUUGGUACAUAUAUAAAUAGGACACCAAGGAAAGUCUGUGCCUGUACACUUCCUACCUUAACUCUAGUUUUAGCUAACCAGAUGAUAGUGUGUAUUUUGGGAGAUGGUGUCUGGCACUUAAAGGAUUAAAAGAAGGCAGAGCUUUACAGUAAAGAAUUGCUCUGUUUAAUAUAUUAUCUGUAUUAGAGGUGAAUGGUAUUACCAUUGACUUUGGAAGAACAACUGUGAGCUUCAGUGGUCUGCUCAUUAACACCAAGGAAAGUGAGGCUAUUUACAGAACAGGGAGAUAAAAAUACAGACUGUUCCAUUGUUACAACAGCAUUUAUUUGCCUUUAGCUGUUCCUGCAUACAAACCUAUAAUCAGGCAGGAACUUGCUUUCACUUUCUACCAGUUUGGGUUUCAUGGGACCACAUGAGGGAGAAAUGUUUGUAUAACCAGCCUGCUGCACUGCCUGACUUGUGUCAGCACAGCAGUUCUCUCUGGCCCAUCUCGCCUUCAGAGAAUUUAAUCCCAGUUGACUUCUUACACAGUUGUAGCAUUGGUGUAAGGGCAGCAUUGAUAUGACCUUGCUGUGAGGUCAUACAUUCUAGAAGCAGUGUUUUCCUUUAUUUUGAAACAGGUGAAAGCUAGACAGAAGAUUUUUCAGGAGACACCUGGUAUUAUCAUAUGUAUGAUACAAAUCAGCUGGUAGAUCCUCUCCAAAAGUGCAUAGCUGUGCAAGGAGUUGGCACCUCCAUUUCACCAGCUGCAGUGGUCAAAGAACUCAAGUUUUAAACAGCAGUCUUUCCAGAUGGAAACCCUUAAGUACUGUGUACCACUAACCAUACCUCAGCAUUUUUUCUCCUGACAGGUGAGUGGCAGCUGGAAUGCUUGUCCUUUUCCCAAAUAUGCAACUGUGAAUUUUGAAGAAAUAAGGUGUUUAAUAAAGUAGGACUUCAAUUCUACCUUGCCAGCCGUAUGAGGUUUCUCUAGGCAUGUUCCAUCUAGAGAAGGUUUUAAGGGAACCAGAUUGGUUUGGAGGGCUCGGCUAGCUGAAAGCAUGGUACAUGAUGCUUUCUGCCAUCAUGUCCUCUCUCUGCCAGCACUUGCUGUCUUCCUUAAGCACACAUUCAAGAGUUGGAACAUGGUGACCUUAUUCCUGGGCAUCAUGCCACUUGGAUGGAGGGAGGCCAGCCUAUACUCAUGAAGGGAAUGUGUAACAUGCGGCCUCCGUUGCCCAAGCAAUUUCAGUUGGACGCAGUGCAGAAUCCAACUCUCACAAAGGCAAUUUAGUGCCUGGGUAGGUGGUUCCUAAUCUGUCUAAUUUGCUGUCAUGUAGCCAAUGUGAGCCAAUUAGAUGAUUCUGCAAUUGUCAUGGCUCCCACUUAAUGUGCUGUAAACCCUGCUGCCAUGACUUUCAGUGCAGUUAAAUACCUUUGUCCUCUUUCCCUGUCUUUUCUGAUCACCCUCUAGCAAUCCCAGUAAAUAACUGAGUCUCUCAAAUUAUGACAUUUUUACACAAAAGUUUCUAGAUUCUUAAAAACUUUAAUCAGCCUAUGAAGAACUUCAGAGAAACAAGUUUUCCUACAAAUAUUUCAACUUAUUCCUGUGCCAAGGGACUAUUUCUACUCGUUUACAAAGAUCUGUGAAAACUACUCUGGUAUCUCUGAUCUCCAGAGACUAGGAUUCUUUGAGAACACUUGCCUUCUGGUAGGAAAGAAAGACUUAAAGUGUGUCUUACUCAAUAAAAGACUAUGCCCUCUAGCCACUGAAAGAAAUUAAUUGGGGAAAAGGGCACAAAUAUAAAAUUAGUUGAGGCUUUUUGCUCUCAUUAAACUGUUGAGAAAAAUUUCCCUGACCACAAGUUCCUUGCAUUAUUAAGGAAGUAGAAAAUCUAGGCAGAAUGGCAUGAAGAUUUUUCAAGUGGUCUAGGAAAAAAAAUAAUCUCCUGUUUGUUGGCUGUUCAACAAUGGAACAUCAGUCUCUUGGCACUUCUUCUAAAACUCCAAGAUAGCAAUAAAUGUGAGCAGCUUUAACAUACCAUCCCUGAUCCAGUCCCAGCAAUAUCCUUGGAGAAUAAGCCCGACAGUCGCUGUCUUUUCAGUCACUGAUCCCCUGAAAGAAAGUGUCCCUUGCUUCAUUUGUAAUUCUGCAUCUGUACUUUGGAGAGCCUGUACAUCAUUGCAGUCUAGAGGUCGGAUUCCUGAACAUCUCUCCAGAACUGUAUAAAUGAAGAGCAAGCAGACAAUAUAGUAUUUCAGUCUUUACUUGGACAAAAUUGCAAGUUUCCCUCUGCUGCUUUUGCUUGGUAGGCUAAGAUACGAUCAUUUGGUAUUAGAGCUUCUUGCCUUUAGCUAAAUUCUCUGUAGACAGUUGCUUGUUACUUAAUCAAGGGAAAAAUAUGUCCCAGCAUCAGAUGAGUUCCAGGUCGCAGAAGCAGCUUACACAAACAGCUACUAUUUCCGGUAGCUCUGGGAAACAGCACAAGAAUUCUGCUGCAGUGAAUUCUUUAGGAUACAUGAUGAGCUAUGUAAAUAUGAAGUUGAGAUUGUUGUUCUCAGUUGUGAAGCAGACUAGGACAUCUCCUCUCUGGUAUCAAAAGACUGAAAAUGAGUUCUCUGCUGGACUCACUGAGGAGUUCUGUUAAGAGCGGUUGUACUGUCUUAAAAACAGUAACUCAGCUUGAAUGUUCAGGACCUAGACCCUCUUGGGCUUCCUGCUGAAUAAAUCUAUUGAAAAAUGAGAUACUUCAUUGACUUGUUUAAAGCAAAGGGAUAUUAUAGUUGCAUCUGCUAUCUAUAUAUAGUAUAUGAGACAGCUUGUCUAACAGCUCAUUGGUUUCAUUCUUCUGUUUUAACACAUCUAGUUUGCUGUGAAUCUGAUCCUUACUGUAAAGUAGAAAUUCUGUUUUAGACGUUUUAGAGCAAUUCACUGGAGAAACUCAGCACUGAAGUCCUAUGCCUAUGGAUUGUGGCAGCAGUUUUCACCUGUGCUUUCUUUGAACAUUAGCCACUUAAGCUAGUAAUUAAGCAUUUGACAUUAAGUGAAUUGUCAUCACAAAGCUGUUUUAUUACUUAAGCCCAGAAGUUAUGUCUCCUUAGCUUUGUCUCAUCUAAAUCCAUACCUAUUUAUGUCCACAUUUUCUAGUGCUCCUGAAAUAUCAUCCUUUUUCUCAUUCUGCUUAUAGAAAUGGGACUGAGUUGUUUUUUUAUAAUUGAUGUUUAAGAUAAUACAAAAGCAUGAGUAGGACACAUAUGCCUGUUCCUGUAGUCUGCGGCCUUCUAGGAGAAAGGGUGCUUUUUCUGCUAGGCCUGUCUGAUACCGUGUAGGCAAUGCAAUGCCUUACUAAAAAGAGCUGUGUGACUUUUGUAAGAGAAAAGUUCAGCAUAGCAUAAGAUUUAAGUUCAGUAAAGUGGUUUGGUUUUUUGCAGUUGCUGUGGCUGCAUGAAACAGUCAGACCACAUGUUUACCUUGAUGUUUAAGAGGAGUUGAAUGUCCAAUAGUAGUAUGUGGAGAUGCACAGUUCUAAAGCAAAUUUCUUAUUUUGGAUGUUGUUUUAUCUUGUAUUUGGUGCCUUAAAUCUGUACAAUCUAAGGUCAUAUAUACUGUACCACAGGUAGUUUAAUAGUUCGGUGUACUUUGAAGGAACCCAUCAAGCCUAGUCUACAGAAACUGUUGAAAAGACUGAAGCCUUCUCAGCAGGAGAGUUCUCUGCCAUGUUUAAUUAAUAAUCCAUUGAUAAACAAGAGUUGCAAGAAUUUAAGGAGCAUAUAAAAAAUUGAACCACAGAUUGAGACAAUUCCAACUUCAAAGGUUUGUGGCAAUAACAUAAUUACAGGUACAGUCUCUUCUAUACGGUGUAAGUAAACAACAUCAAAAUGUUUUAUAGCUAGCCAGAAGUGCGUGUUUGUGAAAACCUCUGGACUGUGAUCUCUACUAGAAGAAGUUACACUAAUUCUAAAAGGCAUUAAUUGAAGGUAAUUGGCUAUCCUUCAUUCAUUGGUACAGGGGAGUUGGAAUGAGUAAGAGUUGCAAUUAAUUUUUAAUUCCAAAAAGCCUCAUUCCUGCCUCUUACCUGGAUCUAGCAGCUCCAGGUGCCUUACACUGCUUUGCAGUUUGUGAGGUGUAAUGCAGCUUCUACUUGAACAUAUGCUUGCUGAAUGCAUCUGGUCCUGGUAGAAUGGACUGAGGCAAGAGAGACAGAGAAAAGAAAAAAAAAAUGAAGCUGGAAUGCCUUUCUCCAGUCUUAAAACGUUGAGCAUUAUAGAUAGGAAGUUGAAGGGAAAGUUGCACUUCCUUUUCCAAGUCCAUAAUACAGUCUGUAGUAAAACCAGGAGAUUUAUGCCUACUGUGGUAAACCAGCAGCCUUAGUAUACUGAGAGGACAGGGAGAUGGUAGUUUUUUCAGUAGUUUAUAAGACAUUAGAUAAGAGGUUUAAGCUAUCCAUAUAGCAGUCUAAAAGCUGCUAGUCAUGUUACUACAGGAGAUUAAUUUUUUCUUCUGUUCAGUAAACAAGUCCAGAAUGGAAGGUUUUCCAGAGGAGGAAGAGGAACAGGAGAAAUCCAAUGAACAAAUUCUAUUUCCUGAUGCAGCCCUAUCCAGAACAGGGAGACCGCUCCAGGCAGUGUAUAUAGCAUACAACUGAAUUUUGGGAGGGAAAGAAAUAAUAGUAAUUUCCCCAAAAGGAAUACUAGUAACUUAUUUCUACAAUUCCCACAGUAUUCUAGACAACUUGCUUUUACACAGAACAGCAUGGCAACAAGGGAAAGCAGAUACUGCUUCCACAACUGCAUGUUGUAAUGUACAUAUUUCAAGUCACCAAUAUUGGUGUAACUAGUUAUGACAAAGUAGGUUCAUCUUACCAGAAAAGCCUAUGUUGACAUUCUAUCCACUUCUAUUUUUUUUAAGCUAGAAGGGAGUUAAUUAUAGUACUCAUCUGUUUCGAAGGGAGUAGAGCAGAAGGUAAGUUUCAACUUCAUACUUUGAAGCUGCUAUGAAUAAUUUGAUUAACAGUGUUCCAUAGAAACAGCCUGAUGUACUUAUUUUCUUUGUGCUCAUUUCUGUGUUCUUAGAAAAGCACAAGCUUGUGUAAGCGUAAUCAAUACAAAGUUACUCAGGGUACUGUGUCAUCUCAGCAGUGGACACUAACUGCAUCUUAAGUGAACAGGCACAUAUAAAUCAAAUUUAAUUAAGAGGAACAAAACAUCUCGGCAGGUUUUGCUUUACUACUGGCACUGUUACAAUUUAAUGAUCUAUGCAUACGGAAAUGUGUGUAUUGCUGCACUCCCAACAGAACUUGUCUGUAAGGGCAUCCUGUAAACUAACAAAUUAAAAUGUAGUCGGUGUAGGAGAGAGAGUAUAGUUCUUUCGUUAUUUCCACAAAGAACUGUUUAUAAGCAGACGGAAAGUGAUACUGCUCAAAGCAGAAUAAUGGUGGGCUGAAGAACAACACUCAGAGCAGUACAGCUUUUGAAAACUUAGUGAUUAUAUGAAUUUAAUUAUGAAAAUUCUCAUUUGCUGUACAGAUUAUUUCUUGUGCGUUUGAAAUAGUAUAACUGCUUCCCUGCUCAAAAUAACAGGAUAAAAACAAGUGUAGUUUUCUAAUAACAUCUAUUGCAUGGAAAUACACAUAUUCUGGAAGAAAAUGGAGGCUGUACUGCAGAGAGCGUAUUCAACUACAGAGCCAUUCUCUGGGCAAUGCUGCAUAAUUUAAGAGUGGGUAAAUACGCCUUCAGGGACAACAUGACAUAGAACAGAUGUUUAAAAAAAAAAAAAAAAAAAAAAAAAAAAGCACAGAAAAAAGCCUUGAAGCUUUGUCCAGUCAUGCAUUUAUUCUUCCCUGAAAAAGGGACAGGUACAUUCAUAUGCGCUUAGUGAGUUACACAUCAGAUAUCACAAAGGUCCUUAAGGACAAUUGUUUUAAAGCCAGUCUCCUUUUGGACAGAAAAGAGAGGAAGUUGACUCUGUCUUCCAGUUCCAAAGUGCAGUGUCUUAUUUCUGAUCCUAACCCUAAGUCAAUAUUUAUUGAUCAAACUGACUAAGCUUUUUAGGUCGACAAGCUCUCUACGAAGCAAUUCUGUUCUCUCAAGCCUCUGCAGGGGCCAACAAGUGGUGCUUAACUACUGCUUCCACUCCAGAAUGUCACCUGUCCUCCAGCUCUCCCAGAGCCAUUCUGGGACACUUGCACUUCUAAGAAAGCAACGCUGCUGUGGGGAGACUGUCAAAAGCACCAAAAUACUACAGCAGAGCAAGUCCCAGUGGGCUGUAUGCUUUUUGAAGUCCUGUGCAGUUCUUAGUGACAAAGUUGAGCAUGAAACCUGUACUGCCAAAUGUACCAGCCCCUUAAUGAGAAGGACAUCUAUGGGAAGCAGUCUCGAAACUAGAGAUUUUAAGAAAAGGCUGGUGUUUUCCAAGUCCAACUCAUGAGCUUUUUUUUUUUUUUAAAUGGUUGAGUUUCCACCCACCAAAAAUCACCAUCAGUUGAAUCAGUUAAAACAACUGCUGCUAAUUUAGGCUAAAACAUCCUCCUUGUAUAACCCAAAUUACCACCACCCAUCCAUCUAAAGAAUUCUUAAGCAAAGAAUCCUCAGGAGGCAGAACCUUGCUAAGAGUCUGCACACUAGAAGGCAGACAGGAAAUCUGGCAGUUCAGUAUAAUGUGGCUUUUCUGAUGACAAUUGCUUCUACAAGACAAAGAGAAGACAGAGGCAGUGCUUUGGGGCAGUGUUUCAUGCUCAGCAAGUUUGUAGAGGGAAGGAAUGCAAUUCUAUAAAUCACUUGUACUGUAUUUCUGUUUCUAGACUUGAAUGAAUUUCACUUUUCCUUUGUGGGUCAGCAUAGUAAACAUUAAAGAAAAGGUCUAUUUUUCUAAAUCUCUUUCACCAAUAGAGGUCUGACCUGCAGCCAACAGAUGGAUUUAUUUAUCCGCAGAGGACAGAGUGUUUAUUUUUACACUAAGAUUGGAUAUGGCAUUGAAUAAAAAGAAGUCUGACCUUUGAACUAUCUAAACCUUAAAUACUAUUAACAAAUUCCACAAAUGAGUAAUAUGGUGGAAAAUUCCAUCUUUCUUCCCAAUAAAUAUCUCUCUCAAAAGAAGUUACCCAGAAUUAAACUUCCAAAUGAAGUACAAGAGAUCCUUGUGGUCUAAUUACAGACUAUUUUCAAAAUAUUUAAGAUUUCUCCCAAUUUGUAAUCUGUAAAGAACAAUGAUGAUUAAACUAUUCCUGACUAUACUGUAAAUAAAGCAACUUCAAAUAAAGUAAUUCAGCAACAACCUUAGCGAUUUCUAGUAUUAAAAAUGUAAUCUGAACAUUCAAAUUGUCUUAAUUUGGUAGCAGUUGAGUGGGAAGAAAAAUAACUGCACACUGAAUUUUAAAUUGAGCUGUAUCUACUCACUAGCCAAAAAAGCCUGCAAAUGUAAAGUAAAUGGAAUGCUCUUUGUACAUUAAGUUGCUUCCUCACGUGAUGCUGUACCCUGUACACUCGGCUUCAUUUGGCUUCUGUGUUGUGGUUUGUAUGCCAGCCACUGUUAUUAACUGUACACAACACUUAGAUCUGCACUGUAAUCUUGGUUCAUUUGCCACUGAUUGUAACCCAAUGCUACAGACUUCUCUGUAUAUAAAACCGUAACCAUGUCCCAUUUGCUUCCAAUAGCAUACAAUAAAGGCUUAUCUCUGUAAACAGGAAUUACAGCCUUAUGAGUGGUUUGAGGGGUUUUUUGUUUACAGCAAGGAAACUGGCUUUAAAGUUUUUUAAAGCCUGGGAAGCCAAACCACAGAAGUCCACUCUACUUUAGUCAGGUAAAAGGCUCAGCAGAAAGGGGAGACAGGCUUCCUAAGGCUGCAGUUUUAUGAGAGAUGAUUAUUAGCAAAGUUGUGACUUUGAAAUGGCAACAUAAACCAUAUUUAGGCUGUAACAAGCAGAAUGCAUUCCUUCACAAAGUUGGCCAUGAACAGAGUAUACAGGACUCUAAUUGUGCAAGGGCUGCUGCUCACAAAUACCACUGGGUGUUAGCCAAGGGAAGCAGUAACAGGAGAGCCCAGAGAAGCCCAAGGCUGUGAUGACACUAGCCAGGAAGGCAACUUUUACUUCAGAAUGAAAAUUGGGCAUUUCCUAGUAUUUAGCUAAUUAGAAAAACUGUGUGUCUAUUUUUUUAAAUGAUAAAUUACAUAUAUAAAGAACAAGUAAGGUUCUCAAAGUUUUUUCCUCUCCUGCCCCUCUCAUUUCACUGUAUCUCCUAAACAAUUACAUUCCUGUGGUCCCAGUUUGUCCUCUGAGGUCUGAAGCAAAUCUGAGCAAUUCCCUUGUCCAGAGCCAUUGAGGGCAGGAGUUGAGCAUACCGUAAGAAUUGUGUGACUCUUGUUGUUUGCUUGAGGCUGCAACUCAUGGUAAGAUUUACUGGAAUAUACAAGUAUGUCCAGUUGCCUGGAGUUACAGAACACAGUUUUACUCUAGAAGGGAAAAAAGAGAAAUCAUUUUAUCAUAUGCUCUUACCUUUUCUUAGAAGUAUUUUUUUUCUGAUCUUUAAUUCAGCAUUUCAAGUCUAAGCGCAGAGGUCAUUAAUCAAAUUCAGAGAUCAACCUUGAG